GCCGGAGCGACGCCAGGAGGACGUAUAAGAAGAUUAAAAGAUGCAGUGUCACAGAAUUUCGGACAAGUUUCUUCUGACGGCAUUCCUCCUCCUCCUAACUUCUCUGGGAUUUGCUGAAGGAUACCAAGUCCUCGUGCUCGGUCCUGUGGGCAGUCGGAGCCUCUAUCACCUGUGCCGGGCGCUCUCGGAGGCACUGAGCCAAGCGGGGCAUUCCGUUACACUUAUAUCUUCGUUUAAACCGUCUUAUAGUAUCCCAAACGUGACCGAGGUCAGCACCGGGUCAGAGGCCGUGCAGCAGGUCAACAUGUUCGAGGGCAGCCGGACGCCCCUGCGCGUGUACCGCUGGGCCAUGCGGGUGAGCGAGGACAUCGGGCGGGCCAUGUGGACCAACGCCGAGAUCAUGGCCCUCUGGCGGAGGAGGAAGGACUUCGACGCCAUUGUGAUCAUCGGCUAUGCAAAUGAGGUCGCCUACCCCUUCCUGCUCGACUUCGAGGGCCUCCACGUCAACCUCUGCACGCCGGGAGUCGAGUACCUGCAGAUGGCGCAGCUGGGGAACCGCCUGCCGCUGUCCGUCGUCCCCGCCAUCUUCCUGCCCUUCGACGAGAACAUGAGCUUCUUCGAAAGGCUGGUGAACCCUUUGGCGCAGCUCCUCACCCACUACAUGUACGCUUUCACGGUGCUUCCGGCGGCACAGCGGGUCGUCGAGGAGUUCUUCCCCGGGAUGCCGCCCUUGGAGGAGCUCUACCAGGGCAGCCAAUUGACCCUCAUCAAUGGCCACUUCGCGCUCGACACUCCGGUGCCACUUUUGCCCAACCAGGUCGAGAUUGGCACCAUCAACGCCAGGGAACCCAAGCCUUUGCCUGAGGACCUUGCGAAAUUCAUGGAUGAGUCAGGAGAUGCUGGCGUCAUUUACUUCAGCCUCGGAAGUAUUGGUCGAAGCUCUGAUAUACCCAAGAUGUACAAGGACAUACUUCUGGAGGCUUUCCGUUCACUGCCGCAGCGGAUUGUGUGGAAAUACGAAGGACGCGACCUGGAGUUGCCACCCAAUGUUAUGACGAGGUCCUGGCUUCCUCAGCAGGACGUCUUGGGCCACCCCAAGACCCGGCUCUUCAUCUCGCACUGCGGCAACCUGGGCACUCAGGAGGCCAAGUACCACGGCGUCCCGGUCUUGGCGGUGCCACUUGCCUUUGAUCAGCAUCGCAAUGCCGCCCGCCUCGCCAAGAAGGGCUGUGGCACCGUGCUCAACUGGGAAAAUCUCAGCCUUACGAACAUUGUCGAUAAGGUUGAGGUCCUCCUUACGGAUGACAGCUACAGGAACUGCAUGCGGGCGAUCUCGGCGGCGCUGCGCGACCAGAGGGAGACUCCGGGCGAGCGGGCAGUCAGGUGGAUGGAGUACCUGAUCCGACACAGGAAUUCUACCUUCUUGAAAUACCCGGGCAAGAGGCUGCACUAUCUUCAGUACGUUAUGCUGGACGUGUGGGCGGCGUGGGCGGCUGUGUUCGUGCUGUGGGCGUGGCUGGCGUGGACUUGCGUCAGGGGGGGGUGUCGGAAGUGCAGGAAGGAGAAGAGUGAGUGAGGGAGAAGUGACGUAGCACUGUAUUAUUGUUAUUGUUUUUAUUAUUUUUUCCGUAUCAUUAUCAUUCGUGAUAUCAUUAUUUAUGUUAGCAAUAGUAUUAUGAUUGUGAUUAGUAUUAUUAUAAUUGUCCAUCAAACUGACUUUCUGGAAUAUUCAAACAACCAUACAUUAUUUAUCCACUCACCGAGUGUAUCGAUUCUUAUAGUAUGAUAUUUUUUAUCAUCACAAACUUUCAUAUAAAUUGUGAUAAGAUACACAGUUUCAUCAACACAAAGUCCUGAACAUAUAUUGUAAUAAGAUAAACAGUUUCAUGAACACAACUUCAUCAAUAUAAGUAUUAUCAUCCGCGACAAGAUCAACAAUUUCAUUAACAGAAGUUCAAUUUCAACAGUAACUCAUACUUUGAGUCAUGAUAUAUUUAGAUAUCAGAAACCAUAUUGUUUAGUGAUCUUUCUAAAUUUGAUUUCGGUUCUAAUUAUAAAACAAAUAACUCGUUUCGUUGACUAGAAAACUCUUCCAGAGCAUUGGUAGCCAUAUCAAUACUAAAGUUCCUCCCCUAUAUAUCUCAGUAAGUAAUCAAGGAUUUGUUUAUAUAUUAGUAAGGAACAAGAAUAUGAACAGAACAUUGCAUCUCAGCCGGUAAACAUUUACCUGAGUGAGAGUAAGCUGCUGUGGUUAUAGGUAAAUACACAGUAUCAAAUUACUCUUUACUAGCGGAGUCAACGGAGGGUGUAUUGCGGUCAUGACGAAGCGAUUGAGAUUUGCGGAGUUCUAGCUUCGCCCGGGCCUUCUAUAUAUGGCCCGGCCUGUGUCAGCUUCUUAUGGCUGUCUCAUUUUGUUCUCUGAUACUCGGACCUUACCGUGGGAUUGCCAGCAGGCGCU